UUCAGAUCAUUCCAGUGGGUACAGGCUAUGAGAUUUGCAAUUAAAGAAAUAAAUGAAAACAUUAAUUUGCUUCCAAAUUUCACACUGGGGUACAAGAUCUAUGAUUCAUGUGAUGCACCCCUUACCGCACUGCAAGCAACCAUUGUGAUGCUUAGUACAAAUCAAGGUAUACUAUCUGCUGCAUUGUGCAAGGGAGCCAAACAUGUACAAGCAAUUGUUGGAGAUUCUGGGUCAACUCAAUCCAUUACAGUGUCAAGAGUUGCAAGUACUUUCAAAAUCCCCAUGGUGAGUUAUUUUUCCACCUGUGCCUGCUUGUCUGAUAAGUGGGAAUUUCCAUCAUUUUUUCGAACUAUACCAAAUGAUGUUUUCCAAGUGAAGGCUAUUGUUCAGUUGAUAAAAUAUUUUAGCUGGUCAUGGAUUGCAGCAAUUUCAGAAUAUGGUGAUUAUGGUAUAUAUGGUAUAAAUUUAUUAACUGAAGAAAUUAAGAUUCAGGGUAUCUGUUUGGCCUACCAUGAAGUCAUCCCAAAAUUUUACAACAAGGAACGAAUCCUUGAGAUUGUAAAUAUGCUAAGACAAUCAUCAGCUCGGGUGGUGGUUGCCUUCUCUGGAGAGGGGGAACUUCUUCCUGUUUUUGAAGAGCUUGUAUAUCAGAACAUUACUGGUAUACAGUGGAUUGCAAGUGAAGCUUGGAUUACAGCUUCACUGUUUUCAACACAGAAAUAUUACACAUCAUUAGGAGGUACAACUGGUUUUGCAAUACGCAGAGCAGAAAUUCCUGGAUUUAAGGAUUAUCUGUUGACAGUUCAUGCUUUUUUAUAUCCAGACAAUAACAUACUGACAGAGUUUUGGGAGACAAUGUUUGGCUGUGUUCUGAACUUUUCUAAUGCCACGAGUACCGAGAAGAAAAUGUUGCCUAGAUGUUCUGGACAAGAAUCUCUCAAGGAGAAAGAAAAUGUAUACACUGAUGACACACAACUUCGGAUUUCAUUUAAUGUUUAUAAAGCUGUUUAUGCCAUUGUUCAUUCUUUGAACAUGUUACUGCUUUGUGAACGUGGAAAUGGACCUUUUGUAAAUGGUACAUGUGCCAACAUUUCAGAUUUUGAGCCCUGGCAGCUUCACUAUUACCUACAAAAGGUUUCCUUCACUAGUACAUUAGGAGAAGAAGUGAAAUUUGAUAAUUAUGGUGAUUCUUCCACAUCAUAUGACAUAAUUAACUGGCAGAAAAGCAAAGAGGGAUCUGUUCAGUUUGUAACAGUCGGAUACUUCACUGCUGCUGGCACAAAGGGACAAGAGCUUAUGAUUAACGAGAAUGCUGUGAUCUGGAAUGGUGAUCAAAGACAGGUUCCCAAAUCAGUGUGCAGUGAAAGUUGUCAUCCAGGUACACAGAAAGGAAUGCACAGCGGCAAGCAUAUUUGCUGCUUUAACUGUUUACCUUGUGUUGAUGGUGAAAUAAGUAAUGAAACAGAUUCAUUAGAGUGCAUAAAAUGUCCCAAUGACUACUGGUCUAAUGAAGAAAAAUAUUACUGCAUUCCCAAAACAACUGAAUACCUCUCAUUUGAAGAGCUAAUGGGAAUUUUAAUUAUACUAUUAUCAUUAUUUGGAGCUGGGCUUACUGCAGCGGUGACAACAAUUUUCUUCUUAUUUCAAAACACGCCAGUGGUUAAAGCAAACAAUUCUGAGAUGAGCUUCUACAUUUUGUUUUCAUUAAUACCUUGUUUUUUGAGCUCUGUUUUGUUUUUGGGUCACCCAACACCUUGGAGUUGUAUGUCAAGGCAUACAAUAUUUGCAAUCAGCUUUUCAGUUUGUAUCUCUUGCAUCCUUAGUAAAACAGUGGUGGUGAUAACAGUGUUUAGAACUGCACAGCCAAGAAGCAAAUUGAUGAAACAUGUUGGACCACAUCAGCAAAGAAUGAUGAUUGCUUUGAGCAGCUCUGUUCAAGUUAUAUUUUGUAUAAUGUGGUUAGUCAUCAAUCCCCCAUAUUUUUCAAAAAAUACUUCCAGUCAAGUUGCAAAAAUCAUUCUGGAAUGCAAUGUCGGAUCAGUUGUAGCUUUCUGGACAGUGUGGGGCUACAUUUUUUUAUUGGCUACUGUGUGUUUUAUUUUAGCAUUUUUUGCUCGAAAACUGCCAAAUAACUUUAAUGAGGCAAAAUAUAUUACAUUCAGCAUGCUUGUAUUUUGUACUGUUUGGCUAACUUUCAUACCUGCUUAUGUGAGCUCUUCUGGAAAAUAUACAGUAGCUGUUGAAAUUUUCUCAAUUCUUUCCUCAUGCUUUGGGCUCCUUACGUGUAUAUUCGGUCCAAAAUGUUUUAUUAUUUUACUAAGGCCAGACAAAAACAUAAAAUACUAUCUAGGAUCAAAACUGCCUACUAAAUGUACUCCCCAGUCUGAACUUAUGAAACUAGGAUGA